UGGAUAAGAUUCUUGCUUGUUAAUGUUGCAAAGAUAGUUCUUGUAGUGUGAUUGUUUUGAUGGAUAAUGAAUUUUAUGCAAUGUCCGAAGUCAUAAAACUGGUAUCUGUAGCUCGUGGAGUUAUAUGUGUAAUUUUACUGUUUUGGACUGGACGGCAGACAGAGUGUAAAUAAAUCAGUCUUUCGUAUAAACUUAUGUACUUGUUUAAACGAAAGUGGUGUCGGAAUGUGGUGUUUGAAUUCAACAUCUCAGAACUCUUCGCAAAAUAAGGUCCAAUGUAAAUAAGAAACAAUGGAAGAGCAUAGUGCUCAGGAGAAGCAGUAUUUGUCUCAGCAGAUGAAGAACAUGACUGAAGAUUCAAACAAUGUAGGACUUGAUUCUCAUGACUUUGUGCCAGAACACAAGCCAAACAUAUUGCAGUCAUCAUGGAAACCAUUUGGCUGUGAAACAUGUGGCAAACGAUUCACCCUAAAAGGUAGCCUUAGAACACAUGAGAAGCUCCAUGGCUUUCGACCAGUGUAUAAUUGUGAUAUCUGUGGGAAAACUUUCAAAGUAGCAGCUGGACUCAAGUCUCAUGCAUCAUUGCAUUCUGGACAAAAGCCAUUCCAUUGUGACAUCUGUGGCAAGUCUUUUACACUUAAAGGAAGUUUGAAAACACAUUCAGCUCUUCAUUCCACAGUGCAAGAGUCAUUUCCUUGUUACGUAUGUGGGAAGACGUACAAAGGAAAAGCCAGCCUCAAGUCUCACUCCGCUAUGCACUCAAACAAGAAACCAUUUAUGUGUGAGGAUCAAGUGGCAGGAUGGAGUCCUCCCUCCAGUACACCCAUUGGAGAUGGAAACAGUGUGUCAAAUGUGACAGGACAGCAGGUGACCCCAUUUGACUUCUGGCAUAGGUUUCCUCAGAUGUUUCAUGGAUAUGAGGGAAUGACAGCGUCCCAACCUGCUGUUGCCAGACAGUGUACAAAGAAGGAAAUAUACAACAUCAGUUGUGAAUCACCAGGAAUUGAGCACAUAAGAAGUUCUGUGGAUCUCUGCCUUCCGUUGUACAUACGCCUACCACCAAACACUGUUACUUCGUUCCUAAGAAGCUCCUUACUUACCUGCGCAUCUGUACACUCACUGAGCUGUUUCGGAUAUGUAUUCAUGGCAUCAAUUCAGGAACCUUCGAUUAGGGGACCACCUGCCCCCAAACAACGGAAUUACCAACCUGCAAGUCUUCAAAACCUUGCUUUUGAGGCAUUAAGGUACUAUGUCUAUGAUUUUGGUGUUCAUCUGAUUCAGUCAGUAGGAACAAAUUCCAAGAAGCUCCACAGUGCAAUACAGGACUGUUCAUAUCUUCAAGAUAUGCUUCACAGUAUGGUGCCUGUCAGCUUUGCCAAUGAUGUCACAGAAAAGUUGCUUAUCUCCGUCGAUGACAUGUACAAGGAUAUCCAUGCUUGCACUAAGGAAUCUUGGUGCGACAAAAUAGUUCAAGAGUUGGUCAGAGCCAUCUGCUGUGACAAGACUAAAUCUAUGUCGUACUCUCCGUCUUAUCCCAGGCGUUGUGUUCAGCGGACUUUACACAAUGAAGAGACUGAAGGUUCUCAAAUUGUCGCACUUGAUGGAUCAAACUUAUGAAGUUUUCAUUAUAAGAGGCCUACAUGCUAUGAUGGAUUUAGAAAUAUUGCUUUAAAUCAUCACUGUUCUGACAACAUUAUAAUGGCAGUAGGAAGUACAUGUAGAAAGUUGAAGGUCUUGGAUGUUGCUUUCUCAAGCCGUAUAACUAAUAUCAGCAUUGGAGCCAUCUUAAAAUUAGUGUGUUUGGAAGAGCUGAAUAUACUUGAUACAUCUAUCUCUUAUGAAGGCUAUACAAAGUUGAUUAACGGAUUAAGUCGUAAUACAGUGAAUGAGUCAUUGCUAAAGUUUGGGUGUAGCCGACUCGUAACUUCACACUUUCAUCUCCUGCUUAAUGGCUUUCAGAACCUCGUGGAAAUAAGCAUUAAAAGAUGCUGUUGUGACUCAGCUGUUGCAGGGUUGCAAAAUCUGCAGACUGUCCGGUUUACAGAUUUCUGGUUUUCGGACAUCCAAGCACUGAUUGUCAUAAAAGGUUCACAGUUGCUCGAACUGCAACUGAAAAAUGUUGGGGACAUUAAUUUGAAAGUGAUUGAUGAAAAUUGCCUGUCUCUAAAGCAUCUUCCCAUCAGUGGCUAUGUGCGACAUGUCCCUCAGUUUGAGAAUAACGAUGAUCCGUUGCCUGGAUUCCAAUCUUCACACCAUCUCUCCCUUUAUUUAUACAAACGUGAAUAUUUUAUUCCUUAUAUUCUAUCUUAAUGCACUAACGUAAAGAUAGUGGACAUAUUUAUCACAGAUGGAAAUGAGCAAGAAACUUACUUGAUCAUGGAAUUUGUACUUUCAAGGAACACAUUAAAGUGUUUCGAAGAAAUUUCUGUUAAAACUCAUAUGUCAGGUUUGCUAUCUUUGCAUACUGCAAAAUUGCUUAUUGAAUGCAGCCCAGGUAUUACUAGCUUGAAGGGUGUCAACACUUGGAGCAGUGUUGGCAUCUUGGAAGACUUAAUCGAUGAAAUGGCAGAGAAUUAUCCUCACAUUCAUCUUAGUGAAUAAAAUCUGAAUGGUGUCAUAACGUUUCAGAUAUUAACUGACAUUUCAGAGGAGCAUACUGCCUCCAUCAUGUGGGUGCCAUCUUCAUACUCAUUGCCAUGAAAACAUGAAAUCUCACCUUUUGGAGAUUAAUUAAAGUUCCUCCAGAAAAUAAGAAAUACAAACUUUCAUAUAUCAUCUGGGGGAUGACAGGGUCACAUUAGAGGCCCAGUUUCACAGAGACAUAGUCUCACCCCAUUGCCACAACAAGAACAUGUGUGGGCAGACAAGUAUUGUCUGUCUGAGAAGAGAUUUUACUUGGUCUUGAAACCAUUAUUUUGAUAAAUGCGUCCCUAAAACACUGUCCCAUUCAAAAAUUUUAGACUUGCUACAGUAAUCUGUAGAAUAAUUAGUUUAAAGGUCAUGUGACACAGCUUCCAUGUUCCAAAUGUAUGGACACAUCCAUAUUUGUCUGUCACAUUCUUCUUAGGAACUAGAAAAACCUGCAUGAUCUGAGGUCAUUGGUGUACCACAGUGUUACAAUAGUAUGAACUGAGGCCAUUUUUGAAACAUAUUGUUACAGCAGCACUGCUAGCUGAGGUUGUUGGAACACUUACAUGACUCAAUACGACCAUUGCUGGCUUAUGUUGCAACAGUGACCUUGGAUGGCAUUGUUGCCUUUGAUAGCAGUGGUGCAUUUGUUAUCCCGUUUGUUGCCCUGCCAAGUCACUGUGCAUGAUAUGGCAUGAAGGACCUCUUUGGAAUUUCAGUGUACUUCAAAGAGUACACCUUUCCAUUCUUCUUGUUAUUUAUAUUAUUGGUAUGUACUAUAUUAGGCAUAUAUUAAUAGUGCAGGAUUUCUAGAUGGCUGAAACAUACAUAGGUGAUGUACAAUACAUCAGUGAUGAUUGUGAUGCUAGGAUCAUUUAAUGUACCCCACCCCCUUUCAUUCAUUCAAGGCCACUUUAUUUAGAAGCCUGAAUGGGCUUUUACAUUUGUCAUCUGAGUCUUUUGAUAGGUUUUGAUAAAUUCUUCUGCUGUACGUAGGCCUAAUGAGUAUAAACAAUGUGUAAGUUUCCUUCACUUUAAUUGAUUAAAGGCCUAAUUGAACUUUUGCAUGUAUUGAUUGAGUCUUGACAGAUCCUGAUAAAACUUUAUUUACUUUACAUGUAGUACCAUGUGUAAAUUUCACUCACUAUAAUUCAUAUUAAGGGCUAUUUACAUAAAUAUUUAAUUGGACUUUAAGAAUCUUUUAAUCUCACAUACUUUAUAAUUUCAUUUGUAUGAUUAUUAUCAAGUGGAAAGGAAUUUUUGCAUACAUGUUUCAUUCAAUUUUUCUGUACUGUACAAUUUAUACAUUUGUGCACUGGCUAAUAAAAUUACUGCUGUAAUUGAAAGGAG